UCAGCUCCAUGUGAACGUGAAGAAGAAGAAAGGGAGCAUUGCUGUCCUCUGCUGGGAUGUGUGCACUAUGGAGCUGGCUGUCUGUCCUGCUUGUCAGCCCUGUCCUGACACAAGCAGUGACUGGGGGGAUGUUAUAUCCCAGGGAGACCCCCACCAGGGAAGUCAAAGAGCUGAGCGGGAUGUGGAGUUUCCGGGCUGACACUUCUUCUGACAGGAAUGAGGGCUUCUAUAAGAAGUGGUAUAAGAGCCCGCUAUGGACGACAGGCCCCGUUAUAGACAUGGCAGUACCUGCCAGUUAUAACGAUAUUACUCAGGACGUCACUUUAAGAGAUUUCAUUGGAUGGGUUUGGUAUGAGAAGGAAGUUUGGCUGCCUAGCAGGUGGAUGGAAGACCAAGACUCUUCAAGAAUUGUUCUCCGUGUUGGCAGUGCCCACUAUUACUCCAUUGUUUGGGUGAAUGGAGUUCAGGUUACGCAACAUGAAGGAGGGCACCUACCUUUUGAAGCCAACAUAACUAGUAUUCUGAAGGGUAGUAAGGACAUUCCCUGCCGCAUUACUAUUGCUGUGAAUAACACCCUGACGCUAAAUACUUUACCCCCUGGAUCUAUCCAAUUCAUGAAUGACCCUACAAGGUAUCCCAAAGGAUAUUUCAUGCAAAAUACAGAUUUUGACUUUUUCAAUUAUGCUGGCAUUCAUCGUCCUGUAGUCCUUUAUACUACUCCAUCAGUAUAUAUUGAUGACAUCACUGUAACCACAGACAUCACUGCUGACAUGGGAUUGGUGAACUAUGAAGUUGUAGUUACUGGAUCAGUUUACUAUUCUGUGGCUGUUACACUACGUAACCAGGAAGGACAAGAGGUAGCCACAGGGUUAGGUUCUGUGGGACAAUUAAAAGUACCCAAUGCAAAUUUUUGGUGGCCUUAUCUGAUGACUCCACACCCUGGAUAUUUAUAUUCUUUGGAGGUGAAGAUGACGGCAGAUACAGGUAGUGGCAAAAGUGAAGAUUUCUACGCCUUACAUAUUGGAAUAAGGACUGUUAAGGUAUCAGGACAGCAGUUCCUCAUUAAUGGAAAGCCUUUCUACUUCCAUGGAGUCAACAAACAUGAAGAUUAUGAUAUCCGAGGCAAAGGACUGGACUGGCCUACAGUUCUAAAGGACUUUAACCUGCUGAAGUGGCUUGGAGCAAACUCCUUCCGCACUAGUCAUUACCCUUAUGCAGAAGAAAUUAUGGACCUUUGUGACAAGUAUGGCAUAGUGGUCAUCGAUGAAAGUCCAGGAGUGGGCAUAAGAUCUCCUGCAAGCUUUGGUAACCGGUCACUGGAACAUCAUUUAACUGUCAUGGAGGAGCUGGUGCGCAGGGAUAAAAACCAUCCAUCUGUGGUUAUGUGGUCAGUUGCCAAUGAACCAGCUUCAGAGCUUGGUGAAGCAGGUUAUUAUUUUAAGACAGUGAUCUCUCACACUAAAAGCCUGGACUCGACUAGACCAGUCACUUAUGUUACAAAUGCCAGAUAUGAUAUAGAUCAAGGUGCCCCAUAUGUGGAUGUGAUCUGCGUCAAUAGCUACUUCUCAUGGUACCAUGACCCAGGCCAUCUUGAGGUGAUUCAGAUCCAGCUGAAUACACAGUUUGACAAGUGGCAUGAAAUGUAUCAAAAGCCAAUAAUACAGUCUGAAUAUGGAGCAGACACCAUUCCUGGUUUCCACAGCGACCCUCCAGUAAUGUUUACAGAGGAAUACCAAGAAAUGGUCUUAAGGAACUACCACUCUGUUUUUGACCAGAAGAGGAAAACCUUUGUUAUUGGAGAACUCAUCUGGAACUUUGCAGACUUUAUGACUGCACAAGAUGUUAAAAGAGUUGUUGGCAACAAAAAAGGCAUCUUUACUCGCCAACGACAGCCCAAAACAUCAGCUUUUAUUCUGCGAGACAGAUACUGGAAACUGGCCAAUGAAACUCGGUAUCGCUACCAACCAAAUUCUAGGUAUUAAAUGGUUUCCCUUAUAAUAAUUGGUGCUUUCAGAGCCUGCCAUAAAGUGGCUUACAGAAUUCCUACCUACUGAGUCUGACUACUCGACGAUUACUCCAGCGGGUAUUGUACUGAAAUGUUUACUUCUCAGCCUUCCAAACCACAAUGCAAUUGUUACAUAAAGACGUGAUACAAAAGUGCCUUGAAUGUUUAAAAUUGCACACUCGAUGCAAUACUUUGCAGUACAUAUUAUGUACAUAAUUAUUACUAAAGCACACCAAUCCUAAAAUUCAUAUUGUUUUUCUAACCUAAGAGAUUACAUUUUUUGGGAUGCUGAUUCUUGUAUUAUGUAUAUGUAAUUUAGUAAAUUACUUUUUUAAUUUUUGCUGAGGUUGCUUUUGGCAUCUGCGUUAGAUAACUAUGCACUUAACUGAAUCAAUCGACCAAUGUUUUGAUGAAUAAAAUUGUAACAUAUUGAAA